CUAGGAGAAUGGAUUGAUGAUCCUGACUUUCCUGAUAUUUGUUACAUUGUAUAUUUAGUAGCUGGUAUUGGUACUGAAAGAGCAUCGGUGUCAGGUUUAUUAACACGUCAAAAGCAACUGUUGGAUAUCCUUGACGUCAGAUGUUUGUCGCCCUCUUGUGUUUGGCAAAAUAUAUGUUAUGCGAAUUUGGUUACAAUUAUUUCCGGCUCUCUUCGGCAGUAUUUAGCUCGGAACAGUAGGCUAUAUAGCUACACAACUCAUCUUUAUAAAUAUUAUAAUUUUUUUCAGUCUGUAGUUUUAACCAAAGAUGAUAAACUCGUCAUCAAGGAAAAUAGACACAAGAAGUGCUCACAGUACAGAAAAAAGUUUCAGACCUUGCUUAGAGUAGCAUAAGCUAUAGGGAGGGAUUAAAGAAAGAGAAAGUAAUUACGAGACUGGUUUUGUAAAAUAGCUCUACUUCGAAACCUAAAGAAUGGCAGAUAUAAUUUUGAAAAACCUUCGACUUAGUUUGGUGAAACGUCUGACCAAGGCAGUCAUCAAGGAUUUGGUGGAUGGUCUUUGUGAAGAUGAAGUAUUGAGCGAAAGCGAGAUUGAAGAUAUACUGCUAACGUCCAAACCCCGAAGUGAUCAUGCUCGUGACCUGAUUGACAGUGUGAGAGCGAAGGGAAAGAACGCAAGUGAAAGGAUGUUUUUCCAUUUGAAAACCUGCGACAAAACACUUUACGCCGAUCUGAACAUUAGCAGCCUUUUAGAGGAUCUGAAGAGUGGAGAAGCGACCUCUAGUGGCCGGAAUGUGACGUCAGAUGAACGAGUAUCUUCUAGUGAAGCUGAGCAGACUAAUAAGAAUGAGUACAAAAUGGACAGUAUUCCACGUGGACUUUGUGUUAUCAUUAACAAUAUGAAAUUCAAAACUUCCAAAUACCGUGCGGGAUCUGAAUUUGAUGUUGACUCUCUGCAGAAAGUGUUUACAUAUUUGGGGUUCAUAGUGGAGACGCACGAAAAUUUGAGUGCAGAUGAAAUGAAAACACUUAUGACACAAUACAGUAAGGAUGACCGUCAUGGAGACUGCUUUGUCUGCUGUGUGUCAAGUCAUGGAAACCAAUAUGGGAUCUUUGGUAUAGAUGAGACAACUUGUCCUCUGAAGGACAUCAUAUCACCAUUUAAUGGAGUCAACUGUUCCUCACUUAUUGGCAAGCCAAAAGUGUUCUUCAUUCAGGCAUGCAGGGGUAAUGAGAUGCAGAGGAAAGUUCAGGUUCAAGCAGAUGAUAUGGGUGGUGAACCAGACCAGGAAUUCGAUAAUGUACCGGAUGAAUACAUUGCCAGUGAUUCGGAUUUUCUGAUUGUCAUGUCUACGGUGGAGGGAUAUCGUUCACUGAGAAACAAAAAGACUGGCUCAUGGUUCAUACAGUCCCUUUGCGAGCAUUUAAAGGAUGGAAGCAAACGGGAUCAGGACAUCUUAAAGAUCCUCACUACUGUCAAUAAUGAUGUUAGCACAAAAGAGGGCCUUGUUAUGAUCAAUAAGAAGAUAAUUGAUGCCAAGAUGGUUCCGCAGCCCCAUUUCACUUUGAGGAAAACUCUUAUUUUCAGAGUUCCUGAGGGUCGGUCUACUUAGAAAAAUGAUACACACCUCCAUCUGUAACCUUCACUUAAAGAAGUCUUCACCCAAAACAAAGAAUUACUUCUCUUUUCUUUGUAUUGAAGGAGUGGAUUCCUGAUAUCUGUCUCCCGUUCAUUAUAUCCUUUCAAAUUUCUGAAUAUUAUUAAUCAAAUACUAAUCAAUAAUUAUCCCACCAGAAAUUAAAAUGAUUUAUAUAUGUUCUAUGCUUUACACAUCUAUAUAUUUUGAUUGUACUAGAUGUGCUCUGAACUAUACGUCUAUGUGUGGAAGUUCUCUACAUUUACCUAUAGCUUAACCAGUCAGAAUCAUAAAGUUUGAUAUAAUGACGUAGUUUUAUUAUCUUUGUUAGAGUACAAAUAUCUCUGUAUUGUAAUGAGUGAGCAGAUUGGCUUAGGAACUUGCUGGGUGUUUCGGCUGACUUCUGCUGAGUGAACUGCAAAGAUUUCUCUUCAGCAAAAUGUCUUCUAUUAACUUCAUCUCUGACUUCUGGUCUUCAUUUGUCUUCAUCACUGAUCAGUAACUCUCCUACACUAUUGUUAUCAUUAUUGUGCUGUUGGUGGUGGAAUUAAGACUCAUGUUUACACAAUGUACUGUAUAGGCAUAAGGCAAAUAUGUUUUGUUGUAGUUGUGGGCUGGACAGCAUUGUGUUUUAUUAGAGUUCUGUUGUAAUAUGGAACUUGGUCUACUUCAAAUAAAUUUUUAUUGUUUA